AUGAUGAGUAUUCGUCUAGGGCUCAGGGUCAUUGGCAGCAGCGUUGGCGCCUCUCACGCUUGGGUGCCGACGAGAGGGUUUGCUCUCACCCGGGUGUUGAAUGCCAAGAAAAAGAAGGAGCCUCUGGGGGAUCUUUCCAUGGUGCCGAUCGGCUCCAUUGGCGUGAUGGCUGAUUUCUACGUGGCUCCAAAGGUGUUCAAGGCGCCUAUCCUGAAAUGGGGGAGACUUCUCGCCCGCAGAGUCAUCCAGUUUGCCGUAAACACGUACCUGAUUGCCAAAUAUAAGCGGGAAACUAAGCUCAAGCUUGAAUUCAACCAGUGGAAGGAGACGGCGAUGGAGCAGUUUGUGCGUACCAACAAGGUGUUCGCUGCUGCUUGCAACAAGCGGGCAUCGGAGCGGAAGUCGUACAUUGAGAGACAACUCAAUGACUGUACUGGUACUGAGGUUAUCAACCAAUUGGCGGUACGUGCGGCCACCUUCCCCGCGGGGACGAAGAUCUCGUGGGAUCUCGUGUCCGUCGACACCAACCCUAAGGUGAUCUCAUUUAACGCUUUGCCCGACCAAAACAAUUUGACUGCCUUCAUUCAAUUCAUUGUCCAAGUCACCACCACCCAGAAAGUCACCAUCACCGCGGCUAAUGCCGACCCCAAGGAGACGGUGAGACAAGUGAAGGACAACCUUGUAUUUACCUUGGAUCCGUUCGCCGAAGAACAACGCUUAGUGGGCCUGUUGUUCGAGCUGGACUACGACCGUAAGGUGCAACCCGACGGGUCCCUCAUCACCCCCAAGACGAUGCUUGCUUUCACCAAAAAGUGUGCCGACAUCUACCGUCCCAAUCCCCAAGAGAUUGCGGCGUCUAAGUAA